AUGGCGCGCAGUUGCCAGAUUUCAGAUGAGGAAACACAAGCAACUCAAAGAGCAUUUGUCAAGAGGCAUAGCGAAAGGCUCCUCGAAGCUGACGCGUUCUGGAAACUCACAAACUUCGUUCUGCAAAGCAAAAAGGAACUACAAGACAGAAAGAAGUCGGUAUCGGUACCAUAUCUGUCUCUACUGCAACUAAUGGGGCAUUCUCGCAACUGUAAAGCAUCCGAGCCGCUUGAUAAGGUCUAUGCUUUUCUUGGCUUGGCCGAGCCAGGGCAUGGCAUCCAGGUAGAUUACUCCAAAACUGCCAACUCGGUUCUCACAGAAGUUGCCUGUGCAAUCAUUCUAAGAGAAGAGGGUCUUGAUAUUAUUGGAAUAGCACUACAAAAUAACAGGUUGAGAGUCCAAUCCCCCACGGAUCAACUGCCAUCGUGGGUACCCGAUUGGUCAGUCAAAGACGACGCAAGCACCGAGUACAAGACUUUCCUGGAAGACAUUCGUUAUGAUUCUAUGAACUACUCUCUUGGUCCCAGCCAAGCAUCACAAACAAGAAAGGCCGUUGUUUCCUUUCAUGCAGAUAGCCAUGGCAGACCAAAUCGCAUCCUUCGAGCUCGUGGUAUUCUUGCUGAUUGUCUUAUACGUGCCAAGCCUAGUGCAACUGCUUCAUCCUUUUCACACAUUGUUGGAGAAAGUGGAACGGAAAUCAAAACAGUACCAAACGCGCGUAUUGGCGAUGAGGUCUGGGUACUUCUUGGUUGCAAGGACACAUUCACUCUCAGAAAAGAUGGAGGGCUGUAUACUGUACUCGGCCAUGCUAUGGUUUUGGAACGCAAUCCUAUGUUUGAAGACGUCCUGUCAGGCAUUCUCAACGAGAGAGUACAAGCCGCCAGGGAAGCCCAGCAUAUCCGAGAGGGCGGCUUGAUAGAACGACUAGGGAGAGGCGAGGCGGCAACAACAGAUCUCAUGAUUUCCUAG